CGGCGAUCGGGCGUUUGGUUGGUUCACUGUUGAAUUCGACCAUGCUCCGCCAUGUCCAGCGCGCCGUGCGCGGUCCAGCCUUUUCCAAGCGCUCGAUCACGAGCCACGGUUUCAAGAAUGCCGAUGGCCACUCCUUCUCCAUGGCCAAGAUUGUCGGCACGAUCGGACCUGUCUCCGAGGACGCCCACACGACGCAACUCCUUGUAAACGCUGGGUUGAAGAUUGCCCGCAUUAACUUUUCCCACGCCACGUACGAAGAAGCCGAACUCCGCACGGUGAACCUCCGUGCGGCUCGUGGCGUGCACGGCGCCCACGGCAGUGAAUUCAACCUCCGCUCCGUCCUCUUGGACACGCAAGGGCCUGAAAUCCGAGGCGGUAGCUUCGCCGAUGGCAACAAAGUUACGCUGACCAAGGGCGACCAGAUCACGCUCACCACGGACGAGCGCUUCAAAAAGAGCAGCACCAAGGAACUGCUGUACGUCACGUACGCCAAGUUGGCCGAGACCGUGUCGCCAGGCAGCACCGUCUUGCUCGACGACGGUUUGAUCUCGCUCACGGUCGAGUCCAUCGAGAACGGCCAGGUCCAUUGCCGCGUUGAAAACACCGAAACGUUGGGCAACCGCAAGGGCGUGAACCUUCCUGGCCUCGUGGUCGACUUGCCCGCGUUGACGGACAAGGACAAGGCGGAUGUUGAGUUCGGCAUCAAGCACGACAUGGACUUUGUCGCGGUUUCGUUUGUCCGAUCCGCCGCCGACAUCCACGCCGUCCAGGAAUUUGUAAAAGCCACGAUGAUCAAGUACUGGCCUGCCGACCACCCGUCGCCCAAGCUCAUUGCGAAGAUCGAAAACCAUCAAGGCGUGUCCAACUUUGAUGAGAUCUUGGAUGUGGCAGAUGGCAUCAUGGUGGCUCGCGGCGACUUGGGCGUUGAAAUCCCACUCGCUGAAGUGUUCACGUGCCAGAAGAUGAUGGUGUCCAAGGCCAACGCCGUCGGUAAGCCCGUCAUUGUCGCGACGCAAAUGCUCGACAGCAUGAUCCGAAACCCUCGCCCAACUCGCUCGGAGAUUUUGGACGUCGGAAACGCCGUGUUGGACGGUGCCGACUGCGUCAUGCUGAGUGGGGAAGUGGCCCAAGGCAAAUACCCCGUCGAGUCGGUGUCAACGAUGCUUGCAAUUAUCAAGGAGGGUGAAAAUUUCAUGUCCCGCUUCCCAAUUUCUCCGCCCGUCGUGACGGGCCGCGACUCACUCGCCUCAGCCGCUGUCAACGUCGCCUACGAACUCAAGGCCAAACUUAUUGUGGCGCUCACUAAGGACGGCACCCUCGCUCGCGACGUCGCCAAGUACAAGCCCAGCGUUCCUGUCAUGAGCUAUACACCAAGCCGGAAGGUUGGGCGCCAACUGCAAUUGCACCGCGGUCUCUACCCUGUCGUUUCUGAAUCCAUGACACUGGAGGAAGCGCUCGAAGAUGCCGUCAAGAUGGGCUGGACCAAGAAGGGCGACAAGGUCGUCGUGCUCUCCAACGAUGACGAAGAGACCCCUCAGCAAUUCAUCAUGCGGAUAGAGACAGUGGCUUAGAGGGGGGUGCCGGCGAUUGCGGUGGCCACUUGUAACCUAUCUGGCAUGGGCCAUCCCAUGCUCGACAUCGAAAUAAAAAUUGACAGUUACAGUAUGGGUCCAGCUACUACUAGUAAUACUAUGCAGUGAAGUAGUGCCAA